AUGGCAUUUAUAUUAUCUCCCCGUCCCAAGCGGUCUCGUCGCUGGGAGGGGUUAUCAGUCCGAUCUGCAGUUUUCUUGUCCAUGAAAUCAUUGUUAACGAGAAACCAUCCUCCACAAAAGCAUGUUGUUCAGCACGAUUGGAGCCGAGUCAUGUUAUCCGACAUAUGGGUGAGGCACGAUAUCGUUCAUGACGAAUGUGAAGCUCGGGGGAACCACAUGAGGUUCAUUGGGUUCAGAUACGGAGUCACGGACGAACCAACGACAGGAGUUGCGGUGGUAUUAGGGCGGGGGGUCCGAUCUCUGUUUCAGCAGUCACGAGACUGGCGGCGAAAAGAAAAAAGGUUUUUUGCAUCCUCAAACUUUGUACAUGUUUGGUUGGUUCUUCGAAUUUCUCCGAGCGUGACUCAUUUACCUCUUGGUUCAAUACCUCCUAGCAAUGAUUGUGUACUGUCUGGAUUAUUCUGCGGCACCAAACACGAAAAUUUAACCGACGACACCAGUACCUCAAGGGCGUCGCAGAGUCUGUGCACCGUCGUCUGGUGGAAUCCGGCUGCGUUCCACUACAGCGUCGAUAUUAUGUAUUCCACUCUUUCCUCCACCCUGAUCGCCGUCUUGUCUGCAUUGUUUUUGUCCCGUCUGGAUUAUACGGUGGCACGAAACAUUGAUAUUUUGAUUGUUAAUGAGACCUUCUUGAGUAAGGGUGUCUCUGAUUAUGUUAAUCGACGACGCGCGUACCUCGAGAAGGUCGUAGAGAUCUAGAGUCUGUCAUCUGGCCUUUCCGGCUGCGUUCUACUACGGCACUCAGUAGUCUUGGGUCGCCCACGCUCUUUCUUGAUCGCCGUCUAGGCUGUAUCGUUAAAUUCUCUGUCAACAUCUCCUUUCCGCCAUAAGUACUGAUUAGCGUGUCAUGUCAUUUCGAUUGUCGACGAGACCAUCUUGCGGCAUGUGAGUUCGUUACGCGCCCCAAGAAGGUCGCAGAGCUGUCAUCUGGUGGAAAUACGGCCUUGUUCUACUACCGAGCAGAACGAGAAAGAGUACGUCCUUGCGAAGUCGAGGAUUAUGCCCAGUCAACAUCGGACAUUGCAGAGGCGUAUAACAUAACCCAACUAACGGGCAGAGGUUGACUCCAGUGGAGUCGUCAG